UCGGGGAUCAGCUUUGGUGGCUGGAAACGGGCAACAGUUGUGCUUUCUUUUAGUUACAGCCACCGCUGAACAUCAUCUUCGCUGAUGGGCACCCGAUACUUUGCCAAUCCGUUUCCGGAUUAUGGUGGCGGGCCAAUACAGCGUUGCGAUGACCACAUCAAGGGUUUAAUACAGUCGUACGUGAAUCUGAUAGUGGAAAACACCAAACCGGACCGCAACACAGACCAGCGUGGUGAUUUAUACGUGGGCGAUGCUGGCAUCGCUUACAUGUUCCUGAAGCUGCAUGACGCUGGUAUCUUCGGGCAGGAAGCGUUACAGUACGCCAAGCAGUACAUAGUGAAUGCCAAAGCACUGGCCGCGCGGUACGCGGGCCGACCCGAGGAACGUUGCUCGUUUCUGUGUGGGAAUGCGGGCGUGUAUGCAGUUUCCGCUGUCAUUGCUCACCGGCACAAUGCGAAGCAGGAGAUGGACGAAGAUUUGCGCUGCUUUGCGACUGGGAUCGAGGUAUGCAAGCGGCUCGAUUUCAACAAGAAUGGCAGCGAUGAGGUCCUGUUUGGCCGGGCAGGCUAUCUGGCGGGUGUGUACUGGCUGCACCAAACCAUCGAACGUAAGCUCUUUUCGCAGGAAAUUCUCACCGUCAUCUGUGCCACCAUACUCGAGAGUGGCAAACGCCACCGUACCGGUCUUCUACCUCUCUAUUAUCAGUGCUACGGGGACGAUUACCUUGGGGCAGCACACGGUACCUCGGCCAUUAUGCACAUGCUGCUCGAGUCACCGUUGCAGCUAAACCUGAGCAGUGUGGAAAUGUCGCUGGUAAAGAACACGGUCGACGGUUUGCUCGGGCUGCAGGACAGUGAGGGCAACUUUCCGACCACGCUGCAGGAUUGUGUGAGACGUACGCGCAGCGAAUCGCUCGUACACUGGUGCCACGGUGCAGCCGGUGUCGUGUAUCUGAUGGCCAAAGCAUACCUUGUGUUUCAGGAGCAGCGCUACCUACAAUCCUGCAUCCGGAGUGCGGAUCUCGUUUGGCGGAAGGGACUGCUACGGAAGGGGCCGGGCAUCUGCCAUGGUGUGGCUGGAAGUGGGUACGUUUUCCUGCUGCUUUACCGGCUCACGUCUGACCCGAAGUAUCUGCACCGGGCGCUAAAGUUUAUGGAAUUUCUAACGCACGAGGAAUUCAUACGCAACGCACGGAACCCGGACUGUCCGUUUAGCUUGUACGAGGGUUAUGCCGGAACGGUGUGCUUUCUGAUUGAUCUGCUACGCCCGGAGAAAGCUGCCUUCCCGUUUAUGGAUGUGUUUGAAAAGAAAUUCUAAAUUUAAAAAAACCAAUAAUUGUAGCAUU